CGGCUGUGGAGCAUUUGUCUUCGAGCUCAGUCCAGAUCUCAACGACGACUGCCUCUUCGACGUCGUCCGACGGCGGCAGUCACACAGGCAUGAUCGACAUCAUGGGCUCGAGUCCAGCACAGCUCUGACUUGACCACCCACCAUCUUUGCUGAAAUGUCUGACUUCGUCUAUUCUGACUUGACUUACUGCACUCUUUGUGAUCGCUAUUUUCCGGGCGAAGAGGCGAGAGCUCAACAUGUGCAAGUGUCGCCUAACCACCCCCGGUGCGACACCUGUAACCGUCGCUUCGCUAAUAAGAACUCGCUUCGCAAUCAUUAUGUAUAUUCACCUCGUCACCACUACUGUGCGGUAUGCGAGCGCAACUUCCGUACUGCAGCUGGUCUGCAUGUGCAUAUCGAGUAUGCUGCGGUUCAUCGCGAUGACAGCGACUCAGAUGAAGAGGACGACGAUUUUGAUGACUCCUCCGAAGGGUGGGAGGAUGAGAUUGGGGAGCGGGUAUUCCCAGAGGAGAACGGACGGGAAUAUCAUGACGGCUCUGAGGACGAGGAAGACCCUGAUUAUUGGACUGACGACGAUAUGGAAGAGUUCGAGGAAGAACGAGACGGCUACCAUGGCUUCGCGCGUUCACCCGCCUCUAUCUCUCGCGCACAUCCCUCGCACAGUACUACAGUGCACAACCGUCAGCCCACCGAGAACCAGUGCGUGAAUGGGGAGGUCGAGUCGCCUGACGCCGAGAAGCCCCCGACAUCAGGGCUUUUCUUCAGUUGCCCACUCUGCCUGGAAGCCCCAAAGGAGACCAGCGCAACGAGGUGUGGUCACUUGUUCUGCACAUCGUGUAUUCGCACGGCGCUGUCGAAUAAGAAGAUGUGCCCUGUCUGUCGAGAGUUUGCAGUACCGAAGCAACUGAGGAGGAUCUACCUGUCUGCCGCAUAGUCUCGUUCUUGCUCCUGUGCGCUACUAGCC